AUGGCUGGUACAUCCUGGGAACUGAAAGGCAAAGCCAAACGGCAGUCAAUUCUAAAUGCCAUCCCGGAGAAAUGGCGAUUGAAAUCUGCUGUCCCUCCAGCUACAGAACUACGUGACGUCACAGGGGAUUAUAUCCGACAAUACCUCACCGAGCGUGAGAUUGAGAUCACAGAGACAGAUGCCGUAGACAUUGUGGACCAGACAUCUACAGGCCGCUGGUCAGCUGUGGAGGUGACAGAAGCCUUCUGUCACCGAGCCGCACUCGCUCACCAACUCGUCAGUUGUCUCCACGAAGUAUUCUUCGAAGCAGCAAUUGAAGAUGCUAAACUGCAAGACGAAUACUUCGCAAAGCACAAAACCCCAACAGGGCCCCUGCAUGGCCUACCUGUGAGUCUCAAAGACCAGUUUCAUGUGAAAGGCGUCGAAACCACCAUGGGCUACGUAGGCUGGAUAAACAGCUUCCAAGGCCAACAGAACGAUCCGCGUAGCGGCACAGAAGAAAGCGAACUCGUCCGCGAACUUCGCAAUCUCGGCGCAGUCCUGUACUGCAAGACCAGCGUGCCAGCCACCCUAAUGGCAGGCGAAACCAUCAACCACAUCAUCGGCUACACCUGGAACCCCAAGAACCGCCUGCUGUCCUGCGGCGGUAGCUCUGGCGGUGAGGGCGCCCUCAUGGCGCUCCGCGGAUCGCCUUCUGGAUUUGGCACUGAUAUCGGCGGUAGUGUGCGCAUUCCUGCUGGGUUUAAUUUUCUCUAUGGGCUUCGUCCUUCGGCGGGUAGGACUCCUUACCAGGGUGCUGCUAACUCGAUGGAUGGCCAGGGCACUAUGUUGUCUGUUAUUGGUCCGAUUGCGCCAAGUGCAAGGUCUUUGACGCUAUUGUUUAAAGCAGUUCUUAGCCAGAAGCCUUGGCUAUAUGAUCCACUUACGUUGGAGCUGCCGUGGCGGGAUGAGGUUGUUCAAGAGACAAGGGCGUUGAUUGAGAAGGCUCGGGGCGGUGCGUCGACGCUUGCAUUCGGUAUUAUGAAAUAUGAUGGGGUGGCUCGUGUCCACCCGCCUAUUGCGCGGGGGCUCAGGAUUGUUGAGAAAACGCUACGGCGGUUGGGUCAUCGAGUUAUUGAGUGGAAGCCUCCUUCUCAUGCUGUUGCCGAUGCACUGGUUGGUAAAGUAUUCGACAUGGACGGCGGCGCGGACAUCAAGUAUCAUUUCGGUCUAUCUGGAGAACCUGCAGCUCCCCAAAUAUUUAGUACCAUCCUUGGUACUGAGAUGACAGCAUCUCAGAUUGCCGAGCUCAAUGUUAGAAAGCGUCUGUAUCAGAAACAGUACAUGGAUUACUGGAAUAGCACAGCCGAGGUGACAGGCACAGGGCGCCCUGUUGAUGGGAUCUUUUGUCCAUUGGCACCUCAUGCCGCUGUUAUUCCCAAUGAAUAUAAGUCUGGGGGAUAUACUGGAUUUGUGAGUUUGCUUGACUAUACUGGUCUUGCGAUUCCAGUCACGUUUGCGGAUAAGAAGGUCGAUGUGCGAUCGGCUGAUGGGUCUGUGAAUGAUUCUGAGGACAUUGAGUGGGAUUAUGAUGCCGAGACCUAUGAUGGGGCCCCAGUGGGGGUGCAAUUGGUAGGCAGGAGAUUGCAGGAAGAGAAGAUGUUGACUCUGGCUGAGUAUCUGGGCGAAGAGAUUGCUCAAGAUGUGAAGGAGAGGGUCUAA